CACACACACACACACACACACACACACACACACUUACACACACACUCUCACACACACACAGUCAUACACUCUCUUACACAUGCACACACUCUCUCUCACACACAAACACACACAUAGUCACACUCUCUCUCUCUCUGUCACACACACACACAGACAGAGGGAAGCGUUUGGGAUCAAGUGGAAAAAGAGAAACACUCCCGUCAGUCCUCUGAGCCUCAGACAGCUUCAGUCACAGAGAUGAGAUUCAUUAUUCUAAUCUGGACGUUUCUCUUCAUCUUCCAUCUGACCACAGAGAACAUCUCAGUGACAGUGAGUGCUCCAGAAAAGCAUUCUCUUGUGCUGAUGUGCGACAAAGCUUCAGACAUCGACUGGAGCCACGGGCUGAGAAGAGUCAUCGCCUCUAAACAUGGACAGCAGGUGUCUUACCUGGACCAGAGAAAACACCAGCUGCUUUCAGAUGGCACGCUCCACAUCAGAGACCUGCAGCCGUCCGACGCAGGACAAUAUUACUGUAACGAUCAGCUGAUCGCAAAUAUCGCCGUUCUCAAAGGCCAAAACUUCACCAUUCUUGCAGGCACAACUGUUUAUCUGCCAUGUAAAACCUCUGAUAAAUUUAAGCAGAGAUGGGCAUUCAAGCGAACUGCUCAGUCCAGAAAAGAGUUCAUUUCCACGCUCUAUAAAAACAGCACAGUGAAGAAAGAGAGAGACGAUCCGACGUCCAGAUUCACUCACACCAUCAACCACCUGAUCAUCAGCAAUCUCCAGCUGCAGGACUCGGGCCUUUACCUGUGCAACAACAGAGAGAUGGCCUUCCUCACUGUGACCACAGAUGUUAACAACAACAGUCCAGAAAUGAAUAACAAUCUGUCCAUCCUGCUGGCUCUGUGUUUACUGGCGAUCAUCUGCGUCUGCGUUCUCUCUGUGAUACUCAGCUGCAGAAGAACCAGAACAAACACUAGAAAGGAAUCAGGGCCGACAGAUCAUACAUCAGGUCUGCCGCUGCACAGCAUGACAGAUGAAGGCCGCUGGAUGCCGGACGCUCACGAGGAUACAGGCGAGAUGCAGUACGAGUCUCUGGAUGUUCAGCAACAGAAUGUCAUUUACUCCACACUUCUCAUACGCCCGAAGAGUUCAUAAAAACAACGCUCUCUUUAAUGCAUUAAUCUGCUCAUUUACUGUUUACACUGGACAUGUACAGUAGAUAAGUGCAAUAUUGAGUGAUUUUCAAUUAUACGUACAUACUAUAUAAACAAUAUAAUUAAAUAACACCUUAAAGAGGAAAUAAAUCACUGUUUUAGCUUCA